CUGUCAACAUAUCAACUUCUGUGAUUUUCUCAUAUUUUUAGCUUUUCAUAUAAAAAAUGUACUGUAUAAAAGUUAAGAAGCAGAAGUGCAGAACCAAAAGGGACCAUACCUGUCAACUUUGCAAACCAGCAUUCGCCCAUGGUUUCACCGGGUUUAUGCAUAGAAACCCUAGCGGUUUUCACGGACAGGUUCAGAUUCGAUUCAACUUGCACCCCCAAUCAAUUCUCUGCAACUUGCAAUUUCUAUAAAUCUCUCUUCUCAACCGUCGUCAUCAUCAUCAAUAUCCACCUUUCAUGAUACUUUUGGACGACACCACACCUUUCAUGGCGGAGGAGGAGCCAAUAACCUCCUCUAGUAAUCCUCCUCAUACGUCUUCUUCUGAAUCAUUCAACACAUUCUUCGAAAACUGGCUCCGCGAACAGAACUCGCACCUCGAAGAACUCGUAACCGCCGCUAAUUACAACCACAACGAAAAUGAAAUUGAAAACGAAAACGACGCCGUUCUGUUACAACUGAUCGAAAAAGUCGUACGGCAUUACGAACAGUACUACCGAACAAAAUCCGAUUGGGAGAAACGAGACGCGAUCGCGAUGCACAGUCCGUCAUGGCGGAGCAACCUCGAGGACGCGUUUCUAUGGAUCGGCGGAUGGCGACCGACGUUAGCGAUUCAUUUACUCUACUCUAAAUCAGGUAUUCAGCUAGACGCGAAGCUCGGUGAUCUAAUUCGCGGUAUAACUACCGGAGAUUUAUCCGAUUUGGCGCCAAAACAGAUGGAAAAAAUUGACGACUUGCAUAGGAAAACGAUGGUGGAGAAACUGGCAAAAGUGCAGGAGACGGCGGCGGAUAGGUCGAUGGUGGAGCUUUCGAGUGCGGUAUCGGAGAUGAUGAGGAGUGGUGGUGGUGCUGGAGAGAGUGAGGAGAGGGUGGAGGAGGUGCUGGAGGUAAAGAAUGGUGAGAUGGAGGAGUUGUUGCAUAGGGCGGAUGAUUUGAGAUUGGAGACGUUGAAGGCGGUUAUAGAGAUAUUGACGCCGAUACAGGCGGCGUAUUUUUUGAUUGCUGCGGCGGAGCUGCAUCUCCGGUUGCAUGAGUGGGGGAAGAAGAGGGGUAACAAACAAUAGGCAAGGGAGUUAGUUGGAGGGACAUUUUACUUUUUUAGGUC